AUGGAGCAGUACUUGCGGUAUAAUUUGUUGCAGACGAAGAGGAAGAAAGUUAUGAAUUCAGCGAGCAGUUCAUGGGAGGAAGAAGCUUUUACAGAAGACUCCAUGGGUCCUCUUGGAGGAUAUAUUUGGCCUCCAAGAUGUUAUUCAUGCAGCUUUUGUAAUAGAGAAUUCAGGUCUGCACAAGGACUUGGUGGCCACAUGAAUGUCCACCGGCGGGAUAGAGCUAAACUGCAACAAUCUCCUGAUCAGAAAAAAGAAGUUUUUCACCAAGAAAAUCGUCGUCUGAAUCUUCCUGAUGUUAAACAUCAAUAUGAAGCUUACGAGUAUGAGAAUCCUAGAAAAGUAAAACAGAUGUUAAAAUACGAUGAUGAGAUGAUUAGCUGCAGCAAUAAGAGACAUAAAAAAACUAGUGUCCCAUCAUUGAAAAUCUUUCAGAAAACCAGCUCCAUGGAGGACAUUGAUCUUGAGCUAAGGUUAGGAGAUCCUCCAGCAGUGAAGUAG